GGACACGUGACUCAUCCCCAAGUUAAUGACAUACCACAAGGAUCCUGUCCUAUCUCACCCUUGUAAAUGUCAUAGCACAGAGGAGAACCACACUCUUACGCAUUUCACUGAAUAUAGAGGACAGAUAUAGGAAUAUCCUGUAUAGUUGAAUACAAGGUACUGAAAAGGAUUCAUAGACACAGAUAUUCAACAUGGGUAGCUUAACUGGAUGUGGAAGAUGUUUGAAGUAUGCCAUGUUCACCUUUAACUUCAUAUUUUUGCUUUGUGGACUUGCCCUUCUGGGUCUUGGUAUAUGGGUAGCAGUGGAUGAUGAUGCCUCCACCAAACUCAAAGGUUCUGGCUUAGAUGUUAGUGGCUUUAUCACUGAGGCUGCUACCUACAAGAUUGCUGGCUAUGUUCUUAUUGCUGUAGGAUCUGUGAUUGUAAUCAUUGCCUUUAUGGGCUGCUGUGGAGCAGUCAAGGAAUUCAGAUGUAUGCUUAUUACAUUCUUCAUCUUAAUGUUGAUUGUCUUACUGGCACUGAUUGCAGCUGCAGUGUUGGCCUUUGCAUUUACAGAAGCACUGCAAACACCUAUAAAAGCAAGCAUGACAAAUUCAUUGAUACAUGAAUAUGGUGAAAAAGACAAAAAUGAAACCACACGAUUAUGGGAUAAUAUGCAGACUAAGUACAAGUGCUGUGCUGUUACAGACAAAGCAGCAAUAGAGCAAUAUAGGGUUACCAACUGGUACAACAAAACAAGAAGUGCUGCUCGGGAAAAAGUUCCCAAAAGCUGCUGUAAACAGGGAAGUGCUUCAUGUAUUCCAUACGAAAAUGGAUGCUUUGAUGAAGUAUGGAGAGUGCUUUUGCAGUCAUUUGAUGAACAAAGAAUUCCACUAUUUGCUGUUGGGAUUGCUACACUGGUGUUGAUUGUCAUUGGUAUGGUCAUAGCAAUGGCUCUCACAUGUAUGAUUGAGAGAAAAGAUUAUGCUGUUUAGAGGUUUUGCUACACCUGGUUUGCAUAAGGAUUCAAGUAAGCACAUUUCACUUGGAGCUUAAAAAAGGAUGUUCAACAUCUAUUAGUGUCAUAAGUUUUUGGUAUAAGAAAAUGUACUUAUCAUGUUCUGCUCCUUUCACUUUUGAAUAGUUCAUGCAUGUCUGUGUACAGCUUUAAGGGGCACACCAUAAGAUUUUCUUGCCAAAAUCAAUUGUUAUAGGUUCUCCCCACACUUCUGAAAAAGCCCCACAGUUACAUGCAUGUCCUGUGAAGCUUUUUAUAUUUUCCAGUUCAUACUCCAAAAACAAUAAAACCCUUUAAAUAAAAGUUGCACACAAGUGCAAGAACAGGUCAAGCAAUAGUUUAUAAGAGAAAAUUACUCUUUACCCCAGAACAAUUCAUUUUGGUGGAAAAAUCCCAUGGUGUGUUCCUUGAUACACCUUUCUUUGAAACUAUAUAUAUAUAAUACAUGUAUAUAAAUAUUUUGAAAUAACUUAAGAAAGCAAUGUUUUGGAUUAUAUAUUUUCUGAUAUACCCAUUAUAAGAUAUUUUAGCAACACAUCAAUGUUUGAAAUAUUUUGUGCCAUUUUUAUGAUGUAAAAUAUUUGAGAACCCUUUUGAGUAUUCUGGAAAGCUUGUGCCAUACCAGCUGUUUGUAGCUGCUCAACUUGCACAUAAAGCUAUUUAUUUUGCAUUUUUGAAGAAAAAUCAUUGUGCAAUUUCAUUGUGCAAAUCCUUGCCUUUUUUGUCUCCUAGCUAUAGCUUACACCCAGGUAUGAAUAGACAAGAAAUUAUCAAAGCUCAUUUAGUAAACUACAUGGACAUUUAAUACUCGGAUAUAAGUUUUAUGUAUGGUGACACAGAAAUUGUCUUGGAUUUAUAUAUUUUAUAUAAUAUAAGGAUAAGCUUGAUUUAACUAACCAUUGUAUAGUUUUCUAUCAGAUGGAGUUUGAAUAAAUGUAGCAGUAUCUUAUUUAGAGUAUCAUAAGCAGUUUUGUCUCUACUUUAUAUCAUAUUUAGAUGAAGGAGGUGGAUUGUUGAUAAGAAUGUUUUAUUAAAGUGUUUACAUUUUGUUACAUUUUCCCCGUUAUUGACCAUUUACAUGUAUGACUACUACUGUCUUAAUUCCUAUCCCUUCAAAGCCCUUCGAACAGUGGUUAUUUCUAGAUUUAAUGUAACUAGUAUGCAUUUGAAGGAUGUCUUAAAUAUCACCUCUCUCUUGUAAUGCUUCUUAUGUUCCCAAUACCUUAAAAUGAUUAACCCCACAAAUAUCUGAAGCAUACUUGAUGCUGAUAUUUCCUUCUAAGCCUUAGAAUAAACCUCGUAAGGCACAAACCAUGGCAUUUUGUGGCUUCAUGUGAGGAGAAAAAAAUCUAUAUGGUGCAUGAUACAAGGCUACAAUUUAAAAACUCUAAAGCCAUUUUCUUGUUAUGAAGUGUAAACAAGAUCAUUUUGGAUACUUUGCAGAAUCUCGUGACUGUCAGGAAAGUAGAUAUUAGGGGUAAUGUUGACAGGUAAUUUUUUUUCUCAAGGAAUUUUUUUCUCAAGGAAAAUUUGAUUUGUUAUAGAAAUACUGGAUAGGAUGCCUUUAAUCAUAGAAUUGGUAUAACAUUUACUGCCAUUUUGCUAUUAUGAACCUGUUUAAUUGUUUGUAAUAUCGCUUCAUUAUUAUAAAACCAGUGUAAAUCUUUAAUAAAUUUUUUGUUUGCUUUCCAUUUAUAGUAUAAUCUUCUUAUUUUAAGCAAAGCACUAGUCUUGUGUCUAAAAGUUACACUAAAAUAAUGUGGUGAAAAGAUUUGAAAGUAAUUUAGAUUAAUAACUCAUAUUUAUUGCAGUUUGUCAGUUUUGAGGUUAACAUUAUUGUGGACAUAGUUUCAAAUUAGUAAAGUAACAGCAUAAUAAAGUGCCAUAAAAUAUUGAUGUAGAUAUUUUAAUCUCAGAUAUGAAGACUUUGUUUAACUGUCAUGUUUAGUUUUGUUUUUAUAUCCUUUGUAUGAAUAUUGGAAGGCCAUAUAAAAGAAUAAGAGUAGUAAAAUCAUUUAUAUAAAGAUAUUCAUUGCUUUGUGUUAUAUAUAUUUCAACAGUUAUUAAAAUGUGAUAUAAAGUUGUACUGUCAAACAAAAUAAUUCCAUGAUUUCUUCACAUUUUGUUUUCAAAUUGAUGGUGUUUGCUUUGCAUAUGUUAACUAUUUUUAACUACAUGUCACUGUAGUAACCUUGCAUUAUUUAUAUAGUUGUGUUUUGUCAGUUGUCAUCAUGACAGCCUCGCAAUGGUGGGCUUCCUCAUUUUGUUUGAAUGAAGAUUUAUUGGCCAGAAACGUUUUUAUGUUUCUGCAGACAUUUACUGGUUCAAAAUUUUUAUAGUAAAUGUUAUCAGAAGAAUAAGGAUUAAAGCUUCAAUGCUGAUAAACAAAAAUGUCUUAUGAGUUUAAAUCUAGAUCAAGAACAAUCUGGGUGAAAAUAAAGGUUCAAAUUUA